AUGGCGGCGGCGGCGGCGGCCAGACACUGCCGGUGUUGGGCAGACUUGCGGCCAGAGCUUGUGGCCCUCGUCCUCAGGCGCCUCCCCUCCCUAGCCGACCGCGUUCGACUGGGAGCCGUCUGCCGCGCAUGGCGCCGCAUCGCUGGGGAGGAGCCUCUUCCCCCUCCGCUACCAUGGCUGACCUUACUCGACGGCACCUUCCUUAGCAUCUCCGACGGCGGCGAGAUUCACCGCAUGCGUGUACCGGAGGAUGCCUCUCUCCAUGGCUCCGUGGGCAACUGGCUCUUCCUCCGGCGCCUUGGUGGCAAGCUCGCAUUGAUGAACGCUUUCUCCAAGUGCGUUGUGGAGCUUCCUUUGAAACCCAACAACAGCUACUACGAGGAUUCGAUGUUCUUCAAGAUAGUGCCGCUCUCCACUCUUGAUCUGUCAUCGGAUUUCCUUUUUCUUGUGUUGAUCGUGACCUCGACAUGGCAGUGUGUAAUUUCCAUUGGCCAGCGGCCCUCGUCUGCCAUUGCACUUAAAAUACCCGACUACAUCUUUGACAUCGUAUUCUGUGAAGGGAAGUUGUAUGCUCUCUCAUUCGAGAAGCUCUUUGCCUUCGAGAUUGUCUCGAGCUAUGGAGGUGGCAAGUCGCCAAGUGUCUCAUCUAUGAAACACGUGGCUAACGCCGUCAAGAAUCCAGGGAUAGUAUGCUUUUCGACUGCUGAUAAGACAUAUAUGAGCUUAUAUCGGAGUUACCUUGCUGAAUCCAAUGGCAAAUUGUUACAGAUAAGGCGAUUGCUUCGAACCUCAUCCGCUUUACCAGAGGAUUUGGAGAAUAAUGGUUUGCAGGCGAAGGAUUUCAUUACCAUUUCGUUUGAAGUAUUUGAGCUGGACUUGACCACCAAUUCCCAUGACAAGUGGAGGAGGCUCAAUACCUUGGGGGACCAAGCACUCUUUGUUGGCACCUACUCCAAGUUUCUCCCUGCUUCUGAAUGUGGAGCUCAGGAGAACUGCAUCUAUUUUAUGUGUGACUAUGAUCGUGAACAUUGGACAACAGAUCCUUUGCGUGAUUGUGGUGUCUUCAACAUGAGUAAUGGGACGAUCACUCCUUUAUUGCCGGACACAACAGUUGUGCGUCCACAAGGCUGCAAAGGGCUUCCAACAUGGUUUUUCCCUACUAAAACUAUGUAA